CUCCUAACUGUCAUCAAGGGAUUGAAGCUAGUGAGGAUGAAUUGCACACAAAUGGCCCAGAAAAUGAAUAUAUGGAAAGGCCUUCAAGGGACCACCUGUAUCUUCCUCUUGAGCCAUCAUACAGGGAAUCAUCCCUUAGCCCAAGCCCUGCCAGCAGCAUUUCCUCCAGGAGCUGGUUCUCAGAUGCUUCCUCGUGUGAGUCUAUCUCUCAUGUUUAUGAUGAUGUAGACUCAGAGCUGAAUGAAGCUGCUGCUCGAUUUACCCUCGGAUCUCCUUUGGCAUCUCCUGGUGGUUCUCCAAGGAGUCCAGGGGAUGAACCUUGGCAGCAGCCUUAUGGAUUUGGGCAUGCCCUGUCUCCUAGACAGUCUCCUUGUCAUUCUCCUAGAACUAGUAUUACAGAUGAAAAUUGGCUAAACCCUAGACCAACAUCAAGGCCCUCAUCGAGACCUACAUCCCCCUGUGGGAAGCGACGACACUCCAGUGCAGAGAUUUGUUAUGCCAGCUCUCUCUCUCCUCACCAUUCUCCAACUCCAUCACCUGGCCACUCUCCCAGGGGAAGCAUAACAGAAGACACAUGGUUAAACACUUCUCUCCAUAGUGUACAAGGUCUUAGUCCUGGCCUUUCACCAUUUCAGUGUUGUACAGAGACUGACAUCCCUCUUAAAACAAGAAAGACCUCUGAGGAUCAAACUGCUACCCUAUCAGGAAAAAUAGAUUUCUGUUCUGAAGAACAGGGUAAUGUAUCACCAUCCCUUGAAACUGCAAUAGAUGAUUGCUCUGGAUCUCAACAUGCAUUGAAAAAGGAUUUGCCUGGUGACCAAUUUCUUUCUGUUCCUUCACACUUUACUUGGAACAAACCAAAGCCUGGCCAUACUCCUAUAUUUCGCACAUCUUCAUUACCACCACUAGACUGGCCUUUACCAACUCAUUAUGGACAAUGUGAACUGAAAAUAGACGUACAGCCUAAAACUCACCAUAGAGCUCAUUAUGAAACAGAAGGCAGUAGGGGAGCAGUAAAAGCAUCUACUGGAGCACACCCGGUAGUGAAGCUCAUAGGCUACAGUGAGAAGCCAGUAAACCUACAGAUGUUCAUUGGAACAGCAGAUGAUCGCUACUUACGACCUCAUGCAUUCUACCAGGUGCACCGAAUCACUGGGAAAACAGUUGCUACUGCUAGCCAAGAGAUAAUAAUUGCCAGCACAAAAGUACUGGAAAUUCCACUUCUUCCUGAAAAUAAUAUGUCUGCCAGUAUUGAUUGUGCAGGUAUUUUGAAACUCCGCAAUUCAGAUAUAGAGCUCCGUAAAGGAGAGACAGAUAUUGGAAGAAAGAAUACCAGAGUGCGACUUGUGUUCCGUGUUCAUAUCCCACAGCCUAGUGGAAAAGUGUUGUCUCUACAGAUCGCUUCCAUACCUGUUGAAUGCUCUCAGCGAUCUGCUCAAGAACUUCCUCAGAUAGAAAAAUACAGCAUCAACAGUUGUUCCGUAAAUGGAGGCCAUGAAAUGGUUAUGACUGGAUCUAAUUUUCUUCCAGAAUCAAAAAUUAUAUUUCUUGAAAAAGGACAAGAUGGACGACCUCAGUGGGAAGUAGAAGGGAAAAUAAUUAGGGAAAAGUGUCAAGGGGCUAACAUUGUUCUUGAAGUUCCGCCGUACCAUAACAAAACUAUUACAGCUGCAGUCCAGGUGCAGUUUUAUCUUUGCAAUGGGAAGAGGAAAAAAAGCCAGUCUCAACGUUUUACUUAUACACCAGUUUUAAUGAAACAAGAGCACAGAGAUGAAAUGGAUUUGACUGCUGUUCCAUCUUUGUCCCUGCCUCAUACUGGCAGCGUUCAGGGCCUGCACUCCAUCCGAACUCAGCUGUCUUCAGCAGAUCCAGGGCACCCACACGAUAGUUUACUGUCUACAUCACCCAGGAGCCUUGUGUGCCCAGUUCAGCAACCGUAUACAUCCAUGGUGACAUCAGCAGUAUCCCAUCUGUCUCACAUACAAGGUAGAAACAUCAGUCCAGGUGAUGAGUGUCAUGUUUUGCCUCCUGUGGUUCACCAGUCUUUCCAAGUAACAUCAACACCUCCUGUGAGGCCUUCCUACCAGCCUAUGCAAUCUAAUGUUAUGUACAAUGGGCAACCUGGUCUUCCCAUGAACUCUGCCUCCAGCCAAGGAUUUGACACUAUUUCAUUUCAACAAGAUGCAGCUGUACCUCAUUUGAUAAAUCUUAGCUGCCCACCUCUGCCACCAAUGCAGUACCAUUCUUCAAAUCCUGGCUCAGUGACAACUUCAUGUACAGUAGGGCAUCCUUUGGCACAUCCAGCUCAUUCAGGACAAUCAUCACCUCAUCUGCAGUCAAUGGGAUACCACUGUCCAAAUACUGGGCAGGGUUCUCUCUCUUCUGCAAUGAAUCAACCCCUUGGGCAACCUUCCCCUCAGUUGCAGCAAGUCACAUACCAUUCUGCAAACCCAGGGUCUGCUUCAUCACCAUCCCCAACAGCUUCCCAUCCUUUGGUCCAUUCGCCACUGUCCGGGCCAGCUUCUCCUCAGCUACAACCUAUGCCAUACCAGUCUCCUAGCUCAGGACCUGCCUCAUCCCCUCCCCCAACAGCUAUAAGUCACUCGGGACAACACUCCCCUCAAGAACAUAGUCCUGGAUUGGGAGGUCUUCAUGCAGCUUCAGCUUUAGUACAUCACAGUAUAUGCGAAUCAUCUCCAUUUUCAUCAGACGGGGUAGCUGUUAACAUUAAACCAGAACCUGAAGAUCAAGAGUUGAAUUUUCAAACAAUUGGAUUGCAAGACAUCACACUAGAUGAUGUGAAUGAAAUCAUAGGAAGAGAUAUGUCACAGAUCUCAGUGUCACAUGGAGCAACAGUGGCUGGCCAAUCUCCACAUACAUGCCCUGGAUCUCUGGAGACAGGAAUAUCGGAUGGAGUCUAAAAGCAGCUAAGCGUCCAUGAAAUCUUUCAAGUUUUCUCUGAAUAUUUCUUCUUCAUCCCCUUCUCUUACACUCACUGUGCUUCCAACUCUUGUGGCCUUUUAUAAACUGGAACAAUGGAUCCUUGCAUAGCCCUUUUAGUGGGUUACAUUUGCUGUAGAGACAGAGCAUUUCUAAUUCUAGUUUCUCGAGUGCUGUAAAAAAUGACUGAGUAAAUGGACACCAAGAAGCAAGACAAGAUAUUUUAACCGUUUAAAAAUUACAAAUGAGCUUUGCUGUUUUACAUUUAAAUAGAAUACUUUUAUAUUG